UGUUAUUUUCCUUUAGUUACAGCAGGCACGUAGUCCAAAAACUGGGCAAUAACAUUAAUACGAAUCAACAAUAAAUCAGCAACAAUAAACGGCUGCUCCGAGUGGAAUUUUUAGCGCCUCGUCCCGCGCCCCUCGUCCCUUGCCCCCAUGUGCUAAGCCAAAACUAAAAUGUUGUACCCGGUCAUAAUUAAUAAAUUCCAGCGUGCGCCGCAAAAUGAAUUUGGUUUCAGACGCGCCGGGCCAAGGCAAUGUCAAAAGCAACGGCAACGGCGACGGCGACUGCGACGACGACUGCGACUGCAAACACAAGCAAACAAACAACAACAAGCGACAACAAAUUGACGUCACACGGUCAACGUUGUUAUCGUAUACGGUCUGAGGCUUGGAAUCGCCAGUCGCGAGUCUGUGUAGUAGUUGUUGCUUGUUGCAAGUGUGACAUGCGCAGCGGGGCUAGGAACGGGUUAAACGGGUAUUGGAAUGAAUCCAUCCAGUGACUGGAAUCUGACACUAGAAAAGUAUAUUUAACAAAAUCAAAACAAAAAAAAAAGUAAUUUAAGAAGCCGACUUGACUUUUCUUUGUCUACAAAGAAUGGCGUGCAAUGGCGCGCACAGAUAAUAGGUAUUUAAGCUCUGGUAUGCAAUAAAACAAAAACAGGCAAGAGGCGACUAGUUUCCAUUAAGCGAUACGCCCCUUGUCGGCCGACGGCGUCAACUUGGCGUCAGUCGAACGGUAUAAUAAGCACUGCAAGUCUGUGCUUCUGCUUGGAGGCCUCUGUCAGGACCAAUUACAACACGCUUUCCAAGCGGUAAUAAAAAUAUGUUCAUACCUUCGUCCCCCUAUACUGGCCAAAAUUGCAGCAACAGAGGUUUAUAUUUAGAUAAUAAACAUACAUACAUACAUACAUACAUAUGUAGCUGAGCAUGACGCUCAGUUAUAAAGCGAUCUUCGUGCCAAUCAAAGAAAGGGGGCGACGAAUUAAUUACACGAAUUCCAAAACGCCUCCAAACGACAACAUCAAAGCACGCCUACAAUCGCCGGCGAGUUGUUGCCAUUUGAAGUGAUCGAGCAAUUAUUUACACAAACUGCAAAUAAUGCAGAACAAUGGAGAGCAGAGAACGCGUGGGCAAAGCGCUAUGAGAUAAAUAGAGAAAAGGCAUUUCGCCGGCGCAGCGUAUACUACAUACACACAUACAAACAUACAUGCCUAAAUAUGUGUAUAAAUACGUAUACAGCAGAGAUUUAUGGUGCGCGUUAGGCUCGGAAUAACCCAAGACGCAAAAAUGUGAAGCGAAAAAAGCUAAAAAGCGAAGCAAACAAACAACGCAGUCAAAAAGAAAACAUGUGCUUCGCCGCACCAUCACCAGAGAGCGAGAGUGUCUCUGCAUCUGUGUGUGUGUGUGAGAGAGAGAAUCAGACCUGUAACAUUCGCUGGCUACGGACGACACAUAAAUAUGAGCGUCACUGGCCGCAGUAGCCUCAGUUGCUGACUGUCAAGUGUCCAGUGCAAAGCUCCACAAAGCCAAUCAAAGUUGAACCUCUGUGUGCAUGGAACUGUGUGGAAAUUCAAUUAAACAAUAUAUUGCACACACAUUAUACAAAUAAACCAUCUGCCAAUAAUCCAUAAAUAAAUCGCAAAAUGCACGCGGAAAAAGUUUGUGUCGCACUCGCGCUCAUUGCCGCCUGCCUCGCCUGCAUCGCCUGCAUUGCCGAUGCGGCUGUCUACACUCAGCCCGCGGUCAUCCAUCCUGCGCAUCCCGGCAAAUGCUACGACAAGCUGACCAGACGCUCGAUGCUACCCGACAAGGAGUACAAGCCGAAGGGCAUCUGUGCCGCCAUGACGUGCGACAUUGAGGCGCGUCAGAUCAAUAUCGAGACCUGUCCCUACAUUGAGAUGCCCGGCUGCGAGGAGCUGCCCAGCAACCUCAACUGGAGCUUCCCCAAGUGCUGUCCUCAGUUCAAGUGCGUCGACUUUAAGACCGGAAAGGAGUUUGUCGUCUCCGCUUAGAUCCAGAUACAUACUCUCUCAUCGGGGGCGGGGCACUGGUCCCGCGGGUGGGGCCAAACGUGAUUUUACAUGAAAUGUAUUCGUAGUUUUCUAGUUAUUUGACUGUCUGUAUGUGUGUGUGUGUGUGUGUUAGUUUGUAAGCCCGUUUGUUUGGUUUUGUGUGAAUGAUUCAUUUAGCAGGCAUAAUUUAUUUAUUAUUCUAAUUUGUACAUAACAAAACGAUUUGCAUUCAUUUCUUGUAAAACUCUUGAUGAUCUUUAAUCAUGUUUCAUGUGUAAACAGCUUUUCUGUGUAUAUACAGAACCAUAUAUAUUAACUAUAUAUAUUAAUGUUAGAUUUCUCUUGUUUUUGACUUAUUCAAAAAUCUCUGUAUGCGAUAUUUGCAAAUGUGAAUAGCUGUAUAAAUUGUUUAGUUUCUAA